GCGAAAAAGCAGCAGUUGCGAGAGAGGCGCGCGCGCGGUCACAACUCGGCGACGGCAGCGUUGGGGCAUGCAAAUUAUGCCAAUUAGCAUCAUCGACGGGAGCACGAGCAGUAGCAGCAACGCCAACGCCGACGACAAGCGAGCAGAAAAUGCAAAUGCAGCAGCAGGGAACAGGAGCGGCGACGUCAUCGGCGGCAGUAGAUAGCGGAAAGGGGGCGACGCCCCCCCCGCGCCCGGACCUGCUGUCCAGGAGGAACAGCUGCUCCGGCGGAUCCGGCGACCCAGCAGCGAUCAGCACAACGAUUAGCUCCAAGCAGGAGGAUCCCAAGGAGCCGCAGGAGCAGGUGGCCAUCCACUACCUGGCCAGCUUCCACGAGCUCUGCGUGGUCACCGCCCUGCUGCCGCUGGUGACGCUCUUCACGUGCUUCGUGACCGCCUACGUCUUCCAGUACGACGAUGUACACGAGACACAUUGCCGCGUCUACAAUAUAAUACCCUCGAUAAGUGCAAUUACCGGCGUCAGUCCGCAGCGCUACUUCUGGCGCUUCAGCAUUGCGCUGCACAUCGGACCGCGCAUCCCCAUCGCCUUCGUCUACAAGAACUACUACCGUUCGCAGCUGCGUCGGAUUAGUCCCGCCCAGGUGCCUCGGACCAGCCUGCUCAUCACGCUGAUCCUGGUGUUCAACUGCAUCGAGAUCGCGGCCCUGGGCGGCGUCACCUAUAUUUCGAAUCGAGAGAACUACCCCGUUCACGAGCGCAUCUUCAUCACGUUUAUGAUAUGUUCGCUGUGCUACAUGCUGGCCACGAUCAAGCUGAACGGCAUCCUGAACGUCGGACAAACGCUGAGCGAGCACCAGCGCCAGUCCAUCAAGUGGAAGAAGAUCCUCUUCGCCAUCUCCAUCGUGAGCACCAUCGGACUGCUGGUGUUCUUCGCCAAACACCGAUUCUACUGUCACGACUUGGCCUUCAGUUGGUUUGCCUUCUUUGAGUACUUGAUCGCAAUCGCCAACAUGCUGUUCCACUUCACCAUAAUCUGGGACUUCCCCUCGCAGUUCAUGAUGAUCGUGCAGGGUCCCCGCGAGAAUCUCGCCCAGUACUUGAGCACCAGGCCGAAAGUGGACUAGAUUGGACUGGAUUCCCCAGCUGCAUGCCACAUCUCCAUUUCUCCAUGUAAUUCCCAUACGAAACGUACAAUUAACGAACUUCUUCAACUUUAAAACUAAGCGCUUCCAUACCGAUCAACAACAAACAUAGCCUUCUGUUCUAAUUUCUUCGAUUCUCUUCACACACUCAAAAAAAAAAAAGAAAACAAAAG